AUGGGAGAGAGAGGGGGCUUCUGGGAAGAAAUGUCUCUCACUGACUCUGUCGCCUGGACAACCGGGCCUGAUUACUUCACCUGUAAUCAUCUUUUGUCUCAGCUGGUUGCUGAUGACCCAGCAGAUGCCAUGAUGGACGUAGCUGGCGAUGACCCGCUGCUCUUUGGGCCUGGUUGGGGAGGUCAAGAGGACGAAGACGAGGGGGAACUGGAAGAAGAGGCUGACCAAGCAAAAGACUGCGGGUACACCGACGCCUGUGGACUUUGGAGGGCAAUAGGGUGGCUCUACACUACGCCCUGUGCCAGCGCAGCACUUAUUGGUAUUGUCAUCUUUAUACCUUGUGCCCUUUUUGCCCACAUGCUCCUCUACUGCCCUCCUCUGGACAUUGAUUUGUCCUACAGUGCCUUCGAAGUUCACAGCCACUUCUCUGCUGAGCGGUUUGAUGCCCUUACAAUUGCUGUUAAGACCCAGAUGGGGUCCUGGGACAGGCGCAGGCGGGACCUAGAUAACAGCGAAUCUGCAGUCCUCAGGGAGCUGCUGCUACGUAAGCUGCUGAGACAGGGAGAGCUCAACAGGACAGAUAAUGAAAGAAAAGCGUCCACACAAUCCCCUGCUGGCCCCUUAGAAGGACUUGAUCAGAAAAGUGCAGCCAUAGAUGACAGGAUUGUUGCAGAGCUUAGUCAACCCCCUGAGAAGCACAACACUAAAGUGGAAAGAAAUUCAACAUUAACAAGGAAAGCUAGGUUUGCACCCAAUUACUACAUGCAGAGUCAAGCACUUUGGAGGAUCGAGUUGGUAUUUGUCGCCCAGGGAAAAGGGGAGCCGAACAUUUUCACCCCCGAACGACUAGAGACCAUUCACAGAGUGGAGCGGCUUCUCAUGCAGCAGCCGCAGUUUCACCAGUUUUGUUGGAAGCCUUUGGAAAUGCUCAGGGACUUGCCUUUGGGACCUUCUUACUGCUCGCCUCCCAGCUCACUCCUGUCCUACCUCUAUCCCAGUGAGAGAGGGGGAAAGAUCUACUAUGAUGGCAUGGGACCAGAUCUAGCAGACAUUCAAGGUUCUCUGAGUCUGGCCAUUACACACCCACAGUUUUAUUGGUAUGUGGAUGAGAGCCUGUCCCCGGAGCACCUGUCCUCCGCCCUGCUGCGAAGUGAAAUCCAUUUUGGAGCUCCGUUGCCCGCAUUCUUCUCUCUGCAGGACAGAGCCGAAGAGCAGAGGGCGAGAUUCAAAAGCUUUAUAGUGCAGUACGCUGAUAUCCUGGCCAAACAAUCCACCAGCCAGGUGAAGGUGCUGUACGGAGGGACGGAACUGUUUGACAACGAAGUCAGACACACGUUUCACAAUGACAUGAUGCUAGCUGUGGUCAGUGGAGUCUGCAUCACAGUGCUGGUCUAUAUCCUCACAUCUUUCUCUGUUUUUCUGACUUUUUUUGGCCUGGCCAGUAUAGGACUAAGCUGCCUCGUGGCUCUUUUCCUCUAUCACGUGGUCUUUGGUGUGAGAUACUUGGGAAUUCUCAAUGGUGUCGCUGCCUUUGUUAUUAUUGGCAUUGGGGUAGAUGAUGUGUUUGUCUUCAUCAACACAUUCAGACAAGCGGCUCACCUGCUCCACCCUCGGCAGCGAAUGAUCUACACGAUUAAAACAGCGGGCCGGGCCACUUUCCUCACCUCCUUCACCACUGCAGCUGCUUAUGCCGCAAAUACUUUCUCCCAGAUACCAGCGGUGCAUGACUUCGGCCUAUUCAUGGCUCUCAUUGUGAGCUGCUGCUGGCUGUGGGUGUCUGCCCUGAUGCCCGCCUCCUUAUGUAUUUGGACUCAGUGUGUGGAACCUCACAGAUUCACUUGGUCACACUGCUGGAGACUGUUUGCGGAGCUGUCAGCGAGCCACAGCCCUUUGUCGGACGAGGAUGAUGAUGUGGCGCUUCUGUCGGUAGAGAUGGAGACAGGGCCCUCUGACAUGGACAGUGACACAGCCAUUCUGUCGCUGUCAGUGGAGAUAGCGGCGCCUCCUGCGGGACAGAAGCACGUGGGCGUCGUGAGCAGAAACCUGCAGUGGGCCCUCAAACACUUUGUAGCAGAGCCAGUGGUAGAGCACCGGAAAAUUGUUUUGGGUGUAUUUCUGCUGGUCCUGCUCAUGUCGGCCGGCUGCUGUGGUCUCCUCAGGCCAGCCUCGCAUGCCCCUCAGCUCUUCCGUCGUGACACAAACCUCCAGACUCUGCUGGAGCUCCGGAGCAACCUGAGUGGUCAGGGAAUAUCCUGCCCUAUGUGCUCAGGUGUUUUUAUGGAAAAGCCACAUCCCCUUAACAGCCACGCCUCAUCAUCAGCAUCCUGGUUCUCCACCUAUCAGCAGCCUGCAGGAAUAACCACCUCCAGUGCUCAAAGAAGCUCAUCCAAAUCAAUUGCUAGCCAAGCCGGCUCCCUGUUGACAGUGCACAUAUCUAAACUGGAGCUUGGUGCCUCAACAACACUGUACCGCUUUUCUCUGAAUGCCACUGUACCCUCGCCGUGGAAGCAGUGCAGCUCCGAGCACGGAGAGGUUUCAUCCUUUCAGGCGUAUAAUCUUCCUCAUGGGAAUUACACCAAACGCCUGACGGUGUGUGUCUCCAGUGCCUACCACCCCUACCCCAGUUGGAUGAUCACAACUGGAUCUUGUGACCCACGGCACGGCUGGAAACGCGAUUUUGUCUUUUAUGAGGCAUCUUUUUUGCAGCAGCAGAGCAGGCGACUGUACUUUGCUCAGCGCAGACUCCGACCUCACCCCAGCAGAGUGUGCGUUCUCCAGCCUGGCUGUAACAUAAGCUCUGGGGCUGAUGGUCCGACACAAGGAAGUUUUUAUGCUCCUGUUCCAAAAGAUACAAAUUCACCUACCAAAGCCAACCCAUCCAAAACAUUUGGAUUCAACCCAUGCAGUGGAGGAGUGUGUGGCCGGCCUGCUGUGCGUCCUCUUGUUGACACUGGAGCAAUGGUAUUUGUUGUGUUUGGUAUUCUGGGAAUCAACCGUUCUGAACCGAGGGACAACCAUGUUAUUGGAGAUUUGGGCAGCAUCAUAUUGGAUCCAGAGUUUGAUAUAUUCCAAGAGAUGGGACAUCUUUGCAAAAUCUGUAAAGCCAUUAGUGCAAACAAACAGCUUGUGAAGCCAGGGGGAGCUCAGUGCCUGCCUUCGGGUAAUAAACUGUCCUCCAUUUUGCCACUCCUUCACUCUGAGUGUCACUCUCUGCCUGAGCCGAACCUCCUCCCUGGCCAACUCUCCCAUGGAGCGGUGGGGAUGCAUGGGGGCAAGGUUCGCUGGCUGUCCAUGGCUUUUGAGUCUACCACAUUUAAGGGGAAAUCCUCCUUCCAGACUUAUUCAGACUUUCUACAGUGGGAAAACUUCAUACAAGAACAGUUAUCGUCACUGCCACAGUCUUCUGCACUGCAAAAGGGUUUCCAGACCUGUGAGCAUUGGAAACAGAUCUUCAUGGAAAUUAUAGGAGUGGAGAGUGCCCUCUGGAGUUUAUUGCUUUCUUUGGCCAUAUGUGUGGCAGCUGUGUCUGUAUUCACUGCUCAUCUACUGCUUCUGCUGCCUGUUCUGGUUACUAUUUUAGGAGUGGUGUGCCUGGUGAUGGCAGUGAUGUACUGGCUUGGCUGGGAGAUGGGAGCCGUGGAAGCCAUCUCUCUGUCCAUCCUCGUGGGUUCUUCUGUUGAUUACUGCCUGCACCUGGUCGAGGGAUACCUGCUGGCUGCUGAGAGCCUGCCAGCUGAUUGUACAUUGGAGCCUCUGAUGAAGAGGCAGAGACGCACAGUGGAGGCAGUGAACCAUGUGGGCGUGGCCAUUGUGUCGAGUGCCGUCACCACAGUGAUCUCAACUAUACCUCUCUUCUUCUGUGUCAUUGUGCCUUUUGCCAAGUUUGGCCAAAUAGUGGCCAUUAACACGGCAGUCUCUAUUCUGUUCACUCUCACGGUGACUGUGGCCAUGUUAGCAUUCAUGGCCCCUGCCAGCUUCAGCCGGCCACGGAGCGCUGUGGUGAAGGCGAGUCUGGCAGUGGCAGCGACAGCUGCCCUGAUGGCAGGUGUGUUCUGGGUCGCAGGACAGCUGGGAGCAUUAUCCUGGAGUACCAUCAGCACAUAA